AUGCAACAUCCUCCACCCGAUCCUCCAUGCGAGGUUGAUCAAGCCAUAGGAUAUUUAGAAUAUUCUCGUUUUGUUAUAGCUGCAGAGCUGCAUGGUAACAUAAGAUUUGUCAAAGACCCACAAAAACUAUCAAUUGGAACAGGAGUAUUAAUCUACCACCGAUGCGAAUACGAAGGCUGCCCAGCAGGCUUUAAAUUUAUUAAAAAUUUCGACAAUUACAUUUUUAAAUCUGCAAACUUAACUCAUAUUCACUCAGGACCACCACCACAACAUAAAAAUACACCUACAAGUGGUACUUACCGUGCUUGGAUUAAA